ACUAAAGAAAGUAGCUUCAACUACCUUAGUAGAUCGAGGCGGGAUUUUGUGUUGGUGAGCGUGAUUGGUUGUCCAAGAUGAAGUUUAACAAGUUCGUCAGUAGUUCGCGUCGUAAAGCCCGUAAACGUUACUUCAAUGCUCCUUCUCAUAUUCGUCGACGGCUGAUGAGCGCUCCUCUGUCAAAGGAGCUCCGAUCGAAGUACAAAGUUCGGAGUAUGCCCAUCCGCAAAGGUGAUGAAGUGCAGAUUGUACGAGGUGAACGAAAGGAUUGCAAUCCUGCUAAGGUUAUUCGUGUGUACCGAAAGAAAUAUGUUAUCCAUAUUGAAAGGCUACAAUGUCGUAAAACGAACGGAGCAUAUGCACCCAUUGGAAUUCACCCAUCUAAUGUUGUGAUACACAAAUUAAAACUAGAUAAAGAUCGUCGUUCACUGCUGGAACGUAAAGCUGCCGGAAAACUUGCUGGACAAGACAAGAACAAAUAUACAGAGGAAACUAUUGAGUCAUAAUUUGUAUUACACGUUUUGUGUUAAGUUUGUGGAUGUAAUCGAAGCAUGUGCCCUUUAAGACGUGACCUGUAAUCUUUUGGAUGAUCUCCACAACUGCGUUAAGUUCUGUCUAACUGUUCAACAUGUUGCUGUUAUGAUUACUAAAAUCUAGUCUAAGUGGUUUUGUAGAGCUUCCUAGUUAGCUCUAUUCAUUAUUGAAACUUGGUUACAGAGCUCCUCGGUAACUAGCUUCAACUUAAUCAUAGCUCUCAGUAAUCUGACAGGAAAGGACUAACUAACUAGAUCUUAUGUGCCAAAUGUGAAAGUUUUCCACAACUACAUCCAUACAUCUGACUGAAAGGGCAGACGUAUUUCAAAUGAUAUUUGUGGGUGAUAAUCAAUAUUUGUAGAGUUUGUAAAAUUUUGUCUACAAUUUACCUAAAAC